UGAUCUCAGGUUCCUGGCAAGCUGCUCUGAACUUUGUUUUACUCUGAGAUCCUGACCUUGGUUUACACAAUGGCGAUACAUCCAUACAACUUGCAGGCCGGCAUUUUAUUAUUAAUAAUUUGGCUGGCACAAAGGAAAACAGAAGGCUUAUAAAUAGACCACCAAUCCCUCUCGAUGGCAUACAUCUCAAAGAGCUUAAUUAGAAUGGCAUUGAAGUUUAUGCUUGUGAUCAUGACCGUUGCUGCAAUGGCGGCGAUAUUUACGAAUGUCGCUGAGGCGACAGAGUUCAUGGUGGGGGACGACGAGGGAUGGGCAAAGGGGGUUAAUUAUACUGCUUGGACGGAGGGCAAAGAGUUCUUCGUUGGAGAUACCAUCGUCUUUAUGUAUGACCAAGGAGCUCACAACGUCUACAAAGUAACCGGCCCUGAGUUCCGCUCUUGCCAGGUCCCUAAGAACGGACAGGCCUUGAGCUCCGGCAACGAUGCCGUAAAGCUCGUCACCCCAGGAAAGAAAUGGUACAUCUGCGGUUUCCCUGGACACUGCGACGGCGGCCAGAAGGUCAUUAUCAACGUGCAGGUGCGGUCCGAUACUUUGCCUUCGCCUGGGCCCACUGCUCCUGAGACAGGCGCCGGUUCGAGCAUUUCUCCGACCUCCGUCGUCUUGUUUGCUGUGCUUGCAUUCUUGACGAGGGUUUUCAUGUGAAACAAGGAUGGAGACUUGUCGUUAGGUUAAGGAUUUUAUUGUGCUUGUAACAAGAACCAUAUGCAUCUUGUUGGAGCAAUUCUUUACCCGUGUUAUCAUGCUGGCUUAUGCUAUUAUGUGUGUAUUUUAAUAUUUUUCUUCCUUUUCCCCUUUUGAAUA